AUGCUCUCGCAGACGUCGGGAGUGAUGGCGACCGGUAAGAGACAAUCAAAUCAUCUCUGGUCGCUCAGGACGUCUUUGACUUUGGAGCAAAGCGAUACGUGCGCAACUCGCCAUGAAAAAUUUGCCACAGACGCUGCCCUACAUGCCCUUCUCGGAGCUGCAGAGGGUACCAAAUUCUACGUUAUUGAUCUGCAAGAGAGCAAAGCAGAUAAAUGA